AUGAUUGGUACAAAUAAUUUAGCACGUGAAAAAUCUCAAUUAACAAUAAAUAAAUUAGAAAAAUUAAUGAAUCGAAAACAAUGUAAUUGUAUUCAAUGCAUUACAUACAUUAUUUACUCUCUCAGCUUAUUUAUUUAUGCCAAGAAUAUUUGUCUCAAUACAUAUAAAGAUGGUAGUCAUCGUGAAAUGGCAUGUUUAAAAAUAACUAGUGAAGUUCUUUUAUAUGCAUCAAUUAUUCCAAUAAUUGAACAACAAAUGAAUAAAAUUAAUUUAUGGAAUUAUUAUAUAACGAUUGAAAUGCCAGCAUUAAAUAUUAUUCUUCAAAUGUUACUUGAUGGAAUAUUAAUUAAUCGAGAAGAAUUAAUUUAUAUUCGAGAAGAUCUUCUCGUAUAUAUAUACAGGGUGUCCUGA